CUCCAUCCAUCCAUCCGUUGCAGCCGCAGCCGUGAAAGCUACCAACACCAACAGUAGCGUAGCACAAACCACUACACCACCACCACCAUCACCCGAUCGAAUCGAGAAAACGCAAUCGCUGCUCCGCGGCGGCGGCGGUUGACAUUGCAAAAUCGCAUCACCUCCCACCAUCCCAUCCCAUCCCAUCAACUUCCAUAAAAUUCCACCUCAACCAAUCCCCAUCCCAUCCAUCCAUGUAGCCUCGCUUUUGUCGAGUGAGUAGUAGUGGACUCGAGCGGAGGAGGAGGCGGCGCCGUUGCGGGAUCGGCACUGCGGCGGCGGGCAUGGCGGCGGCGGGGGUGUCGAGGAGCAUGGUGCUGACGCUGCUGGGGUUCUGCGUCAGCGUCCUCUUCAUCGUCUUCGUCUGCUCCCGCCUCGCCUGCGCCCUCCUCAGGCGACGCCGCGGCCGCGCCCGCCUCCGCCGCGCCUCCCCUCUCGCCGUAUCGGGGGUCCUCUCCAUCUACGUCGACCGCCACGGCCACCACCAGCCCUCGUCGGCCGCCGGGGCCGCUUCCGGGACCGGGGGCCUCGACCCCGCCGCCGUCGCCGCCUUCCCCACCCGCGCCUUCUCCCCCGCCGCCUCCUCCUCCGCCUCCGCCUCUACCCAGUGUGUAGUCUGUCUUGCAGAAUACGAAGAGAAAGAUGUGCUCCGUGUUCUUCCCUACUGUGGCCACGGCUUUCACGUGGCCUGCAUAGAUAUUUGGCUAAUGCACCAUUCAACAUGCCCAGUUUGUAGAAUUUCGUUGUGCGACUACCCUGAUAGCAAGCACACGAUGUCUCCUGUACCAAGUGCAGUGAUAAUACCAUUACCUCCAUGUUCUCCUGAAGCAUCAAGAUCAGAUCAAUGCAAUUGCCUAUUCGUCGGAACAGGUCAUUCGCCAAGGACAUCGCAGGUUCUCAGAAAUGAACCUGACCAGGUGAAUCGGACAUUAUAUACUCCACCGGCGGAAGGGGGGAAUAGCUUGCCAUCAUCAGAAGUUAACCCCCCUGGUGAAAAAUAACAACCAGCAAAAACAGUAGAGUCCUCAUAUUCAUGACAGAUCAUGAUCCACUAAGCUAGGACCCUGCAACUAGCUGCUUGAAAUUUCUGCUGUUCUGUCUGCUCUCUGCCAGGUGAAACUACCUGUAAUAUUAGAAACAUCGACACAGGGGGAUCCGUGGAUUGCUGUCAUAGGUUAGUUUUGGAGCGGUUUUGAUGUAAAUAUGAGAAACCGUUCAGGUUUCUUGUAAAGAAAACCACAUUUGUUUGUCAUCAUAUUCAAGAUCCCAUUGUAUUCAAAUUCAA